AUGCCACGACACUCACCUCGUCCAUCAGACCGUAAGGGCGAACUCUCCAACUACCGGGACGACCGCAGACGUGAGGGUCCCUCUAGAAGGCACGACGACGAUCGAGAAAGGGACCGGGACAGGGAAAGGAACGGGAGGAGGCGUGACGACGACCGCGACUACGGCAGAGACCGACGGGACAGAGACAGAGCGCAAGGCGACCGCCGCCGGGACGACCGCAGAGGCCAUGACCGCGACCGCGACCAAGGCUCGCGUCGCGUAGGCCCAUCCCGCCGCUCUGCCUCGCCGCGGGCGCGGUCGUCCCGUGCGGAUUCACGGGCGCGGUCAGCGUCCGCGGUCGCGCCGGACGGGGAGGCGGAGGACAAGGCGAAGCCGAACUUCGGGCACUCGGGGCUCCUCGCGGCGGACACGAAGACGGUGCAGCACGGGGACGGGACGAAGACGGUGCUGAAGUACCAUGAGCCGCCGGAGGCGCGGAAGCCGUCGGUCGGCUGGCGGCUGUACGUGUUCAAGGGGAAGGAGCAGGUCGACCUGUUGCAUAUACAACGCCAGAGCGCGUACCUUGUCGGGAGGGACAGGGCGGUGGUGGACAUCGCGGUCGAGCACCCGUCCUGCUCGAAGCAGCAUGCUGCUAUCCAGUACCGGCAAGUUCAAGAGAAGAGCGAAUUUGGUGAUGUCAAGGCAGCGGUGAAGCCAUAUAUUAUCGACCUCGAGUCCACAAACGGGACCGUUGUCAACGACUCGCCCAUACCCACAUCCCGCUAUUGCGAACUCAUUCUAGGAGAUGUGAUCAAAUUCGGGGAGUCUAACCGAGAGUAUGUGCUGCUCAGCGAAGACGCAGCGUAG